AUGGCGGCGGAGCAGGCUGCGUACGUGGACAACCUAGUCAAACAAGUCAAAAGCUUGGGAAAAGAGGGGGCCCAAAUGAAGGCUAAGCUUCAAGAGUCCGAGAAGCACGCUGAGGAACUGUCCAAGCAACUGAGAAUGAAGACCCAGCGGAUGAAAAAACUGGAGAAGGAGAAUGAACAGAAGGCUAAUAAAAUACAAGAAAAUACAGACACUAUUGGUAGCCUUCGCAAAGAACUUGACAGCCUACGGCUGAACAAGGAACAGCUGGGCGAGAAGGUUUCGGCACACGAAAGGGAAUUACAAAAACUGAAGAAGAUUGAGCUGGAAUUUGAAUCCUUCAAACAUCAGUUAAUAAGCGAUUCCCCUCCAGCAAGCAUCCAACUACCGAUGGAAAUUGAGUCUCAAGAAAAUGCUUAA